ACAAAGUUUUCUCAUUCAGGCCACAACUUUUUCUUCUGCUAUAAGAAGCCAAUUCUAAACAGCUACCGAGUCUAAGCUCGGGUUUAUUUGAAGAGAUGUAACUAUGGUUUCUGAGAUCUAAACCGGAAGGACGGACAGGCGGAUGGACAGACAGGCCACACAAAACUGAUAGCGUCUUUUCCCCUUUUAGGUGGCGCUAGUAAACAGUAGUAAUGUAGCCACUGCUGAAGAACAGAACACCUCAAAACAAACUGUUAGUUAUAAGUAGCAAACAUAGCCUCUUGUUUCCUUUAUUCUUUUUUUUAUAGAGCUUCAAUUAUUUGUAUUUAAAGAUUUCUACGCCAGGAAUAAAUGGACUCCAAGCCUUUUCCACCACUCCAGAAUUUAGUGACUCCAAAUGAAACAUCCUACGAGAGAGUAGAAAAUGUGCCAGAUUUUGGACGUGAGAAAGGGAGUUAAGCCCUACCAUUUUGAGAUAAAUGGCAGUAUCUAGUGACACUUCCGUAUUUCAUCGCCAUGUUUUUGUUGGAGUGUUUCACGUUGAAACUUCAAGGAAAGGAUUGGCCACGACUCAAUGACACUAUUAGUAACAUCUCACAUGCAGUGUUGAGCACGCUACCAAUGCUCCUUUUCAGAUCCACGGAGAUACUGGCCUACGUCUGGAUCUAUGAUAACCUUCGUUUCGUGGAUCGUCCUUGGGAUAAUCCAUGGGCAUGGAUACUUGAAAUGCUGACAGUAGAUUUUCUGUAUUAUUGGUUUCACCGUAUAAGCCACGAAACUAACAUUGGCUGGGCUACACAUCAUGUCCAUCAUAGUUCGGAAGACUACAAUAUAACAACAGCUGUUAGACAUUCAAUGUUUGACCACUAUUUUAAAAUGUUGAUUUAUUCUCCAAUGGCUUUAUUUGUUCCGCCAUCAGUCUUCUAUGCUCACCUGCAGUUCAACUUUUUAUAUCAAAUCUGGAUUCACACAACGGUCAUACAUCAUUUAGGUCCACUGGAAUAUGUUCUGAACACACCAAGUCAUCAUAGAGUACAUCAUGGAAGAAAUCCUAAUUAUGUGGACAAAAACUAUGCUGGAGUUUUAAUUAUAUGGGACAGAAUGUUUAAUACUUUCCAAGAAGAAAAGGAGGAAGUUGCCUAUGGAUUAUGCUUAAGAAACACAUUUUGGAACCCUAUCAAAGGCCAGCUAUAUUACUUUGCUCUGAUGUAUAACAAGAUAAAAGAAUACCCAGAGUUUGUCAAUAAGUUAUUCGUUAUUAUCAAAGGACCAGGCUGGAAAAAGGGAUACCCUUGGAGAUUUCCUCGUGACCGUUUGCCUAGGGUAGAGCGACCAAUUAUAAAAUUUGACAGCAACCUCAAAUUUUGGGCCAACAUAUAUGUGAUGUUUCAUUUCUUGUUAUUGAUUACUUUCUACUGUUACACCAUCUGUGAUCAGUUAGGAACAUUCCAGACCAGCUUUGGACUUAUGUUGUUCAUGUUCUAUUCGCUGUACACUUUUGGUGCUUUGUAUGACCACAAACCGUGGUCUUAUCUUUUGGAGUUUUUGAGAUGUCUGUCGUCUCUACUGGUCAUCUAUUUGACUCAAGAACAUGUCGGCCUACGUACUGACCAUGUUACUGUUCUGAAUGUCAUCUUUGCAGAAUCCUCCUUGGGCUGGAUCUUCCUCUACAUGAAAAACAUCAACAUUUAUCUGUAGCCUUGACAUUGGAUUGAGACAAAGUUGAGAACGCAAAACUUGACUAUCUAAAACAUUUUUAGAAGAGAAAUCAGACAAUUUAUAUACGAAUUCUAUACUUAUAUUAGUAAUAUAUACUAACUUAUAUAUAUUUUAAUAAUAUUCUAACAUAUUUUAACCUAUUUUUGAAUUAUAUUGCCCCAUCCCUCUAGUAUGUGGAUGGCUGCCUGGUCGUUCGGUUUGCACGCUGGACUGUCAUUUGGAUUUAUCGAUGGUCCCGGGUUCAAACCCUGCCCGCUCCCAUCCCCCGUCGUCCUGCGGGAGGUUUGGACUAGGAAGUAAACUAUCUUCAACUCUGAAGGAACAUCCGAAACAUGUAAAACAUUUUACAAACAAAACAAACAUUUAUGUUGACCAAUUUGGUGGAGUGGGGUGGGACGAUUGCAUCAAUUCCGCCCCCCCCACUCCUUAAUUAUUGAAUUGGGGAGUGCGAACCAAUUUUUUUUAAAUCACAGUUUGUUAACAUAUUAAGUUACAUAUCUAAGUGAUUAUAGCUACUUAUUGAUAUUUUAACCAUUCUUAAUAUUAUGUCCUUCCCAUUCUGGUAUGUUGGAAGAUAUGGUGAGGUGGGGUAAGAGCGAUAGCAUAAAUCCGCCCCAUCGGCCCUUAAUUUUUGAGUGAGGAACUGUUCAUUUUUUUUCAGAAAUCACAGGUUGUUAACAUAAUUAGUUACAAAUCUAUUUUUACUAUAUUAAUAUACUUCAUUAAUAUAUUAUAUUUAUAUAUUAUAUUUAUAUACUAUAUUUAUAUAUUAUAUUUAUAUACUAUAUCUAUAUUUAGUAAAAGCUACUUAUUGAUAAAUAUCUUACUAAUCUUUAUAUUAUGUCGUUCCCCUUAUGGUAUCUUGGCCGCUUCUGUGACGGUGGGGGGCAUUGCAUCUACUGCCCUCCCCACCUCAGAUGUUUGAGUGGGGGUGGGAAGGGGGCCGUCCAAUUUUUAAGCAGAAAUCAUAGAACGAAAUUAGUUGAAAAUCUUUAUAAUAUACGAUACUUCUUGGUAUUUGAACCCAUUUGCAUAUCAUGUCACACCACACUCUAAAUCUCAAAUUCAAUCAUUAGUAAAUAUACAAUGAAAGAGGGUUGUGCCAGGUGGUGGGGGGAUAGAUGUAGUCACCCCGUCACACCAGGCAGAUCAAAACUUUUCUUUUCUUCUAUAGUUAAGAAAUGACUUUUUUUUUUUUACAAAAAAUCUGUCUCUAAUGUAAGUUAUAUAUGAUUUUUUUUCUAUUGAAUAAAUAAUUUUUGAUUAUACCUCACAAUUUUAGAGUCUUCAAAUAGAAUUUAAAAAAUAGAUUACUGUCUAAUUGAUCUACCUGAUUUCUUUUCCGUUAACAAAGGAAGUCUGUGGAAUAUCUUUUCUUUUCAAGGAACACAACUGUUGUAUUUGCAAUGUACUUACGGCUUAUAAAUUUACAUAAUAAGACAAAUACAUUAUUUAAAGGGUUUUUAAAAGAAUUGGAAAUUUUGCGCGCUUCAAAACAGUCCAAUAUUGAAAUAGCGUUUAACCAUAGUUCCAUUGGUGUCUCAUUCUGUCCAUGAAAAGGCUACUAUAGAGGUCUCGCUUAACAUGAAGAUAAUAUGAAAAAUAAGUGUAAUAAAAAUAUACUUACACAGCUUGUAUCUCGAUUGUCAUUCACACUUCAAUAUCGGCCUUUGCCCCACGUACUUUAUUUUAUUAAUUUGACCUGCCUUUUUAAAUAGGAUGUCAGGUGAAUGCGCUUCUGGCAGUGAAAAACGCAACAAAACCGCUUGGCUUGGCUUAUUGAGCUCCCCAGACCCCUAGCUGACAAGGGAAGGGCCAUCAACAUGACUUUUUUAUUUUUGCUGAAGUUUGAGAAACACUGCUCUAGUUGUAAUAUGAACAAAUUGUUGUUAUUCUCUGGUAUAUAUAUAUAUAUAUAUGUAUAUAUAUAUAUAUACAUAGGGUUAGGGUUUACUGGGCGUUAGGGUUUGGAAAAAAAUCGCACCCCCUCCAGCUCGAAAGUUCUGGAUCCGCUAGUGCUGGCGGUGGGGGUGGGAUGUGGUGAUGGGGGUUAUACCAUGAGCUUACUGCACAUGAUGACACCUACUCUAGCGACGCCUCUGCAAAUUAAAACUUUUUUUUAACGUCUUUUAAUUUGGUGUAUUUUGAACGUGUGCCACUAUAGUCUACAUAGCAGCAAGAGUUGUUUGCCUUAUAUUGUACUGUGUUAUAGAGAAACACUAUUGUUUUGUAUGAUGUAAUAACGUACAUGUUAGUACAGCCUCUUGUGAUUUUAUUUAUUAAAAAUUUAUUUUUUUCGUUUUUUACAAAA